AUGGAACAGCACUUCUCCGCUGUAGAAGAGGAACUCCGCAGCAUAAAGGCCGAGGCACUGAUGCUGCGACAGAGAAAUGCUCGCUUGACCGACGAAAUCAACUAUCGUAUCAAGAGUGAAAUGAAGAUGGAAUCGGCAUUAACGGGGAUCAAAACAGAACUUGAAAAAACACAGCAGGAGUUCGAUCAGACCGAAACCGUUGCUCGAGACAAUGCACCAAGAGAAGGGGGAGAGAUCAGGACAGUCAACCAUGAGAUCGUAGACUUUCUCUAUGGCCUGACGCAUGAGUACUUAUCUUUGAAAGAGACACUCCGCCGAGAAAGAGAGCUUUCUGCUGAAGCCAGACAAGCUGCCACUGAGUCCGCUAAUCAUUAUCAGAAAGUAGCCACGGAUUUGAUGACAAAACUAAACUCACUACAGACACGGGAAGAAGCAUUGUAUGAUGAGCAGUGUUCGUCCGAAUGGCGCAAGCUUCAACAAGACCUUGACUCAUGGACAAGACGAACCUUCAGGGAUAAGUCAGUUAUGGGUUAUAUGACAUUGACAAAUUUGCGGAGGACAUCGUCAACCAUAAUAAUACCUGAAGACAUGUUGAAAAAUGUACAGGGGAAGCGUGCCUAUAUUCAGGGGUUCAUCGCUGGUAUUAUCUUCGAUACUGUUUUCCGUCGUCUCUUUGUCCUCAGUCCCACUAUACGAUCUGGACGGCUGUUGACGGCAGUUGGCAAAGUUAUAAGAGGCUCUGAAAGUAGCCAAGCGUGGGAAACCUGGAGAUCGACCACCAGCAGAGCUCUAGGGGAUCGUCAUACCUUCUCAAAUCGCCGCCUAAAUAAUGCCUGCAACCAGCUCGUACAAAGCGUCGAAGCCUUAUUCAGCGAGUACUACAGCCCAGGCGUUCAAAAAGAAGUUGUGAAUAAAGGACUGCGUCAGAUCUUCGAGGAUUGUGUGGCGUUUAAGAAGAAACUCGAGUAUCAGGAGUUCGACUAUGAUUUUCGACGAAGUCUUCCCGGCGCUGCAUAUUCCUCAGAAUACAUGAACAGCUCGAAUUACGUAGAGGAAGACGGUAGUAUUGUCCAAAUAAGUAUCUGGGCUUCUCUCUACAAGGUGGCUUUCAAUAAUGAAGAGCUUCUCAUUGAGCCUGAGGCUGUUUGGACAAGUCAGCCGGACCCAGUCGGCGAUGCAGAGCAGACAUGA